AUGAGGAUCCGUGAGAAAGCUGCGACCAUUCGCAAAAGCUUUCAGCGACCGAAGUUCUGGGUGACAGGCUUCGGCUGGUGCUUGGCUGCAUGUGCGGGUGCCGCCAACACGAUUGCUUUCAAGUGCUGGAUGCUGUAUGCAUCCCAUGUGACGGGCAGCACAUCCAACAUGGCAUUCCGACUGGAGGGCUACCAACAAGGUGAGUACGGCUCCGAGUCUCUGACAGAAGCCUGUUCUCUGGUGUUUUCGUUUCUGGCCGGGGCGUACGCAUGCGGCCUCCUCAUCGACAAAAACCAGGUGCACUUCAUGGGCAAGGCAUUUUAUGGCUUAGCUCUGGUCCUCAACUCUGCGCUCUUGAUCACCGCAGCAUUUGUUCCUGGUCGCCUGGUGCCGGCAUGCUUUGUGUCUGCGGCCUGCGGUCUGCAGAAUGCCAUGUGCACCUCGCAUUUCGGUGCAAUCAUCCGCACGACACACGUCACUGGGACGGUCACGGACAUCGGCUCCACAAUGGGCCGCAUCAGCAUGAUCUUUCUCCGGAAAGCUUGUCGCUGUGCACCCCUGAACGACAUCGACCGCGCUGAGAUCGGAGUAGAUGCGCGGAAGUUGGCGGUGCUGGCAGGCUUGUGGUCCUUCUACCUGAUUGGAGGCCUUAUUGGAAUCUACAUGGAGAAUGUGAUUCCGGGUCCCCGUGCUCUUCUCUUGCCCGCCUUUGUCACUGGCAGUGUUGGCCUCUUCUACAUGGCUUGCCGCCGGCUACUCAAGAACUACAUUAAGAAGCUGGAGCAGGAUCGCUUCACUGCAGAUCUGCAGGAAGCUCAGCAGGCCUUGGCCCAUAUGGGCUCCCGCCUCCACGACUUGGAGGCUGGCGAGGACAAGCUGGUAGUGGAGUUGGAUGCAGACAUGGGUCACAUGAUAGAGGCGUUGCAUGAAGUCGAGGCCGACUUCGACAACGUUUACGGAGAGUCUGGUCGCGAGCUCGCAAGACAGGCAUGUGGGAAAUCCUGCAUUCAUCUCGUGAAAUGGCAACUCUGA